AUGGAAAGACAAUCUGAUGAAGAUAUGCUCGUUGGCACCAACGAUGAACCCGGAACGUGUAGGAUGGUAAUGAAUGAGAUCCUCGAACUGAGAUGGCGUGCGCUCGUUGCCAUAUGUCUUCUCACCUUCGGCUCGUAUUACGUUGUGGAUUUUCCCGGUUCUAUGGGCACUGGGAGUGGGAAUACAAUUGAACAGUAUUUCCGAGACCACAAUAUGGAAUACACUCAAGAAAUGAACCAAUUGUUAUAUAGCGUAUAUUCAUGGCCCAACACUGUACUUGCUUUCUUUGGUGGUUUGCUAAUUGACAAGUAUCUGGGAAUCCGUACGGCUGCAUUGCUUUUCACAUCGUUAGUUGUCUGUGGUUCUUUGCUGUUCUGGGUGGGAUUGCGAUUUACCUACUUUCCAUUGAUGGUGGGCUCCCGUGUUAUACUGGGUAUUGGAAGUGAAUCUUUGGGUGUGGCCCAAUCAUCGUACGUGGCUCGUUGGUUCAAGAAUACUCGCGGUGUUGCACUGGCGUUUGGCGUUACAAUAAGCUUCUCACGUGUUGGUUCUUCGUUCAACUUCAUAUUCACCCCAACAAUUGCUGAGUCUCUUGGAGUGGAGGUUGCAACCCUUGCUGGCGUUGCCAUGUGCGGGGUGUCACUUCUUGCUUGCAUAAUUCUGGUAGUAGUUGAUUUGUACGCGGUACGGACGAAAUACAUACGUGCUGAGCCAUGUGAUGACGAGGAAAGCGUGAUGAAGCUUUCCGAUGUGUUUCGGUUGCCUUUUACGUUCUGGGCACUCACUUUUAUGUGCACCUUUUCCUAUACCGCCAUAAUGCCCUUCAUAAGUAUCGCGCGAAACUACUUCCAGGUUAAAUACGACAUUGAUGGGACCCAAGCUGCCCUGUAUAUUUCCGCCUAUCAGCUCUCAGCCGCCAUCGGCUCACCUGUGAUUGGUUCCAUUGUUGGCGCUUUGGGACGUAACACACUGUGGCUGAUACUCUCGUCCACUUUCAUCGGUGUCUUUCAUCUUGUACUACUCUUGACAAACAUUCGUGGUGACCUGCUGAUGGCGUCGUUGGGUGUUGUUUACAGUUUUCUCGUUUCCGGCUUGUGGCCAUCUAUUCCGUUGGCUGUGGAAGAGAACGUGGUGGGAGUGUCAUAUGGUGCCAUGACAUCCUUGCAGAACAUUGGAUUAGCAGUGUUCCCUCUAGUAGUUGGGAAGAUUCUUGAUGCUUAUACUCCUGAUCAUAACAGUAGCAGCAUAAUUGACCUGGCGUUUGACGCUGAGCUCCUCAACGGAAACAGUAAUGCAUCUGCUGACGGCCCACACCCAACUCUUGAGGGUUAUGAAGUGGCUGAACUAGUAUUUAUAGGAUCAGCGGGUGUCGCCCUCUUGGCGUCUAUGGCGGUGCUCAUAGCGGACAAGUGCGGUAGGGGUAUUCUCAGUGCUUCAGCGAAAAAGCGUGGACAAAUGAAGGAUGAAAAGCGGGAGAGCCUCCUGAAUCAUCUUCCCGAAGAGGAGAGGACUUUGGUAUAUUUGCAUCGUGAGCCCUAG